AUGGUCCUUCUCCCCUCGGCCUUCCGGAAUCGAAAGGUCGACUGGCUAGCUUUACCAAUUAUGUCAACAUUCUCAACUGUUGGUUCACACUCCUACAUCGGCCAUUUCAAUGGCAAAUACAAUACCUAUCGGCUAGACAGGCGUGAGAAUGACGCUGUAGUAAAUUUUAUACCAGAACAGCGUAACCACGGCAUGAAGAAAUGCUAUGGGAACACGGAGGGUAAGGAGGAGAUGGUAUUUCCUAACCCUCUCUUCUUCUCUUCCGUCGCUAAGAGCAAUUUCGACGAGAUCGUCAUUUCUCGUCAAAAACGUCUAGCGCUUCCCCCUCCCAAUCCUCCUGGAGACCUUGAGAUUGUCUCAGUGGCGGAAGACAGUGCUCAGUUAUCAUGGCAGCCACCUCAACCCAUUUUUGAGUCUCUCAAUGAGCAAAUAAACUAUCGUAUUGAGAUUAAACCGGAAAACUCGCCAAAGAAAUUCUCAAUGAUGACAGAGGAGUCGCAAAUCUUAUUCGAAGAACUUCGACCGAACACCCUCUACGAAGUGUCGGUCUACUCCUACCGUCCAGCCGAUGGUCAAGCUUCGCAAACUCCAAAACACAUCAAGGUGACAACCAAAUCUGAAGUUUAUCGAUUGCCAAUGGUGAUGAAUCCCAAGGCAGAAUCAACCGACUUCGCGACCUUGAAAGUCUCCUGGGAGUUACCUCACAUCGAACGAUCAGACAGGCCUGAAGCCCAGAUCGGACAUUAUAGGCAAGAUGAAACGAAUAAUAUAGUUCUUACUAAUUUUUGUUUAAUGAUCGUGUUGUUGAAUUUGGCCGCCAGCAGUGGAGAUUCUCGCCGUUGGGUGUCCUACAAGGUGCCAGGGGGUGCUCGUGUUACCGCUUACACCAUAGCUGAUCUGCAACCCGAUUCCUUUUAUCGAGUGAGAAUUAUCGCUGUCUCAGUGGUGGGGGUUGAUGGUCACCCAGCCACCAUUGCUUCGUCGCCUCGCAUUCUCUCACGUCCUCCAUCAUCACCGCCUGCCAAAGUGAUGCUGUCAGCAGUUGGUGCACUGACAGCUGCUUUCUCCUGGCUUCCACCAGCAGUACAGGAUCGCAACGGGGAGAUCGUGGCCUACCAAUUGGAAUUCAACUCUCCUGAGUGGCUGGCACCGCGAGAACUCACUGUCGCUGACGGUUGCAACUACACCAUCACUGGCUUGAAUCCAAUGACUAAUUACAGCCUAAACGUCGCAGCUGCAACACGUGCCGGAGUCGGACCGAAAUCGCCUCCUCUUUUAUUUAUGACUGCUUUAAAAUCGAAUCAGAUUGACAGCGAAGCCCCCAGUGACCCCAAUGACACCGGCUUUGAUAGUCACAAUUUUUUUGCCGAUCCCGGUGUCGCAACCUUACCACCGCUGAAGGUUCAUAAUCUACGUUACAUUGCAAGAGAACGGAAUAUCCUUUUACUGUGGUCAAUUCCACCUAUUUCAGCCUCCCCUCAUAGAUUUAAGGGAGUUGUUGUUCGAUGGGGAAACAUCUAUCCCGGCCCAAAUAAGGCGGAAGUCAGUCUGGAGAAAAGAGCUUUUUCCAUUGAACCGCUGGAGCCUUCUACAACCUACAUGAUCUCCGUUGCCCUCCUCAUUGAGGAUGGAGAGGGACCUAUUGAAAUGAUAACAGCACAAACCAAACCAGUUUCUCAUGCAAAAGAAUCUCUCAUACCCCUCAACUUCCGACUUCUUUCGGCCGGGCCUGAUUGGGCCAUCAUGGCAUGGGAUGCACCAACCUGUUCCGCCCUUGAAGACGAAUUUGAUGUUUACCAUGGCAACAGUAAUCGGAGGACUACACAAAGAGCUUCCCCAUGUGCAAGCGGAGCAUUUCCGCUGACUUAUCAGCUACGUUAUGAGGCGGUUGAGAUGGGUGACGCUGCUACUACCAACGGUGCUUUUGGUAAUUGCCCUGAGGACGGUUCGAGUACAGCGAAAGACGUGGAUGUGAAUGUCACGUGGGCUCGACUUGAACAACUCCAACCCAGCAGUCAUUACGUGGCCUGUGUGCGUGCGAUUACUCAUGAUGCGGCACAAACAGAACUGAUUGGUGACUGGAGCUUUGUGCACAUUUUUGAAACCCAGCAUCAAGAACCCUCUCAAGUAGAUUUAUCUAGAAUCGCUAAAAGCGGUGUUACAAAUACCAGCCAAUUAUCGGCUUCAUCGUCCAACUACCUCCCUUCAACACCAAUCACCAAUGCUAGCGUUUCAUUGGCCGAUGGCUCACGAUCCUCCACUUUGAUUGGUGGCGGUAAUUCCGAUAUUUGGUUGGCUCUUGCCGCUAUCAUGGUGACUACUAUCGUCCUUAUGGUCAUAGUCAUUGUGGUUGUCUGUUGGGCCAAGAGGAGUCCUAUCAUGGUUGUCGGAUACAAACCAGAGCAACAGGUCGGCGGAGGAGGACUGACUGAGGCCAGCGUGAAUCUUAUCAGUCCCUCCAAAUGCCAGAGCAAUGGAGGAGAAGGAGGAGGAAAGGGUGGUGUAAAUGAAAAAAUUGCCCUUCAACAGUACCCCCUUCCAAAGUCGAGUGAGGCCCAGCUCAUUGAUUUCACCAGUAAGGCACCUGAGGCCUGGACAAUAGAUGGUGAAUCUGCGAUCCAUCAGCAGCAACAACAACACCAACAGGGAUUGAUGUCGAUGACAAAUGCAGUUCCAAUGAUGGGGAUCCGUUCUGCAGUGGAUCCAAUGAGCGGGUGUGGAAGUGAUGCUGCUAGCCGAGGAGCAACUGGAAGUUCGGCAAGCUCCGCAAUUUCUCUGCUUCCAGCGGUGGGAACAACGGGUAUGAAACAAACUCCCACCUACGCCAGUCCCACAGGAAAUUCUCUCAUUAGCCCGCCCGCGUCAGUACCACCCUACGGCAUCUUUCCAUCAGCUCAACCCCAGUUGGGCACCUUUGCUCAAGCCUACUAUCAUCAGCAUCACCAAAAUGCUACUGCUGCUGCCGCUAGUGGUGGUGGGAUUGGUGGUGGGAUGUAUCCGCCACCCUCUUACCUUCGGGGGGCUACAGGCCAGCAUCCACCUCCGCCGCCACCUCAUCAACCACCACCUCCAGCCUUCCCCCUUGUGACUCCAAGCAACAUCGGUGGUCCGCGUAUCGACCUGAGUGCGGGAGAGAACGACGGUACAUAUCUGCAGUACCCCGGACUACCAAUAAACAGAGGUCACAUAGCACCCAACACUCCUUCCAUCAACGCCUCUGACCUCAUUUCUGAGAGCAGUUCUGGCGUUCCAUCAUCCGUGGUGCUUGGAAUUGCCGCUACAACUCACCCCACGGUGCCAGCAGGAGGGAGCGGAAAUCCUGUCGAGUUUUCCACCGUUUCAACGGUCUCCUCCUGUUCAAAUUCCAAUUCCAACGCGUCCAAUCAUCACCUGCAGGCUGCAAAUCCUCACAUUCAGCGGCAGAUGGCGCAUUUGCAACAGAGGGGAGGGUAUAACUCCCUGCCAGCUAGAAAAGAUGGUGUAAAAAACACGAACGAAGCGAAAUCGCGAGCGGCAGCUGGAGGAGGUGAAACUAACGCGAAUAUGAAAGCCAUAAGCACGGAGGAGUUAACCCAGGAGAUGGCUAAUCUCGAUGGGCUGAUGAAGGAUUUAACGAGUUCGGAUGCCUUCAACCUUAAAAUCGUCGAGUCUCCAAAUCUGCUCCCCACCUCCCCCAUCACCUGCCUCCCCUUUUGGCAUAUCUUCUCCUUCCUUUCCUCCCCAACCUACGUUCGUGCCCUGCGAUUAAGCCACUCGAGGCUGUGUAUAUAUCUAUACAUAUAUAUAUGA